AUGGCCGCCUCUCACGCUCAGGUCUCAGAGGUUUUGGUGGAAGAGAAAUCGAGCGUUAGAAUCCUGACACUAAGCAGGCCCAAGCAGCUGAAUGCUCUGUCCUUCCAGAUGAUCUCUCGGUUGCUGCCACUGUUCCUUGCAUAUGAGGAGGACCCUAGUGUGAAACUUGUCAUCAUAAAGGGUCAGGGAAGAGCCUUUUGUGCUGGUGGCGAUGUUUCAGCUGUUGCUCGUGACAUCGCACAAGGCAAAUGGAGACUCGGCGCCACUUUCUUUUCAGAUGAAUACAUGCUCAACUAUGUUAUGGCCACGUAUAGCAAACCUCAGGUUUCAAUUUUGAAUGGUAUUGUCAUGGGAGGCGGAGCUGGUGUCUCUGUCCAUGGUCGAUUUCGCAUUGCAACUGAGAACACGGUAUUUGCCAUGCCUGAGACAGCUCUGGGGCUCUUUCCAGAUGUAGGCGCCUCCUACUUCUUGUCAAGGCUCCCUGGAUUUUUUGGAGAGUAUGUUGGGCUCACAGGAGCUAGGUUAGAUGGCGCCGAAAUGCUUGCUUGUGGUCUUGCAACUCAUUUUGUGCCUUCAACGAGGUUGACUGCAUUAGAGGCAGAUCUUUGCAGAGUUGGAUCAAGUGAUCCAACUUUUGCCUCAACAAUUCUCGAUGCAUACACUCAGCGUCCGCACCUGAAGCUGCAGAGUGCUUACCACAGAUUAGAUGUUAUCGAUAGGUGCUUCUCGAGGAAAACAGUGGAAGAAAUUAUAUCUGCACUUGAAAGAGAGGCUACUCAGGAACCAGAUGAUUGGAUGUCAGCUACCAUUCGGGCAUUGAAGAAGGCAUCGCCAGCAAGCCUUAAAAUCUCACUUAGAUCGAUAAGAGAAGGAAGAUUGCAGGGGGUGGGGCAGUGUCUGAUCCGUGAGUAUAGAAUGGUGUGUCAUGUGAUGAAGGGCGAAAUAAGCAAAGAUUUUGUGGAGGGGUGCAGAGCCAUACUAAUAGACAAAGAUAAGAACCCAAAGUGGGAGCCAUGGCGACUGGAGGACAUGAAGGAUAGCAUGGUAGAGCAGUACUUCAAGAGAGUGGAUGAAGAGGAGGGAUGGGAGGAUCUAAAGCUUCCGCCAAGGAAAAACUUGCCUGCUUCAGCGAUUGCAAAGCUGUGA